UGACGGCGAAGAUGGCGAAGUCCAGCAUGGCCAGGCCGGGGCGGUGGAGCGGCGGCGGCUCGGCCCCACCCCGGGACCGCCGGCGGGGCAGGAAGGGGCGGACCGGGCUGGGCCGGGAGCACGGCUCAGCUCGGGUCGGAUCGGCAUGGGGGGUCCGCGGCGCCUGCUGCUGAUCUCCAACUCCACCCUGCACGGAGGGGGGUACCUGGGCCACUGCCAGCAGCACAUCCAGCGCUUCCUCGGGCAGAAGGUGAAGCGGGUGCUGUUCAUCCCCUACGCCCUGCACGACCGCGACGCCUACGCCCGCACGGCCAGGGAGAAGUUUGAAAGCCUGGGUUAUGGGCUGGACAGCAUUCAUGAAUCUUGUGAUCCAGUGGAAGCCGUAAGGAAAUCUGAAGCAAUAUUUAUUGGAGGUGGGAACACAUUCCGUCUCCUGAAAGCUCUUUAUGACAACAGUUUGAUACAUGAGAUCAGGAAGAGAGUUCUUGAGGAUGGGAUUCCUUACAUGGGAUCCAGCGCAGGAACCAACGUUGCUACUGUCAGCAUCAAUACCACCAAUGACAUGCCAAUUGUUUAUCCACCUUCCCUGCAGGCUCUAGGAUUAGUUCCUUUUAAUAUUAACCCCCACUACCUGGACCCAGACAUUAAAAGAACUCACAUGGGUGAGACAAGAGAGGAAAGAAUCCACCAGUAUCAUGAAGAACCAAACACCCCUCCAGUUCUGGGCUUGCGGGAAGGUACGAUGCUGUUAGUGGAAGGAGAUAAAGCCACGCUGCAAGGAGUGACAGGAGCACGUCUGUUUUUGAGGGGUAAGAAACCAACUGAACAUGAGCCUGGAACAGAUUUCAGUUUCCUCCUGACUGACAGCAAUCCCUUGAAUCCAUAGCCUUCCAUAUUUUGCAGCAAAAGUUACUAUAUGGGGAAGACAAUGAGGAAAAAGCAAAGAGAUGCUUGUUGUCCCAGAGUGGGUGUGGUAUUUCAGAUUUAUAAAUAAAGAUAAAUAUGCA